AUAUGAUUGCUCCAUGGCAAAGAAGAGGAGAGCUGAAGAGCAGGCCUCAUGGGUCCCUGUCAACAAGAGAAAGUCCCUGCUGAUGAAGCCCAGACACUACAGCCCAAGCAUGAACGGCCAGGAGGGGCUCGAUACCAGGACGGAGGUGGAGGAGGACAACGGCCUGCUGGGGACCAAUGCUCACCGGACCACAGAAGAAAUCAUGACAAAACCUCUGGGUGAGACUGUUCAUUCAACGGCACAAGAAAACUCUCACGGGAAGGAAGACAGAUACGGUUGCUACCAAGAGCUCGUGGUCAAAUCUUUAAUGCACGUGGGGAAAUUUGAAAACAGUGCAUCUGUCCAGACCACAAAUGAAAACUUCAAUGACAGUGGCAUCCAGUCUCUCAAAGCAGAGAGCGACGAGGUGGACGAGUGCUUUGUGGUUCAUUCCGAUGACGGAAAAGACCACACCAGCGACUCCCAGCGGAGAUUCUGCUCCUCCGAUGACAAUGAAAGCAACUCGGAAAGUACAGAGAACGGCUGGGACAGUGGCUCCAGCUUCUCCGAAGAAACCAAACCACGUAGAGUUCCAAAGUACAUUUUAGUGGAUGAUAGGAAAGACGUAGUGGAAGUUCCCGAAAUAAAGACCGAAGGUGACAAGUUUAUCUCUUGUGAAAACAGGUGUGAUUCUGACCCAGAAAGGAGAGACCCGCACAAUGCUCGCACGGAUGCCCUGGGUGGCAGGGCGCAGGCCCCCUUCCCCGGGGCUGAGGAGGAUGACAGCCAGUGCCUGGCCGUGAUGACAGAGGAGUCCGUGGACCUGGAGAAGGCGAAGGGGAACUUAAGUUUGCUGGAGCAGGCCAUCGCCCUGCAGGCCGAGAGAGGCUGUGCUUUCCAUGACACCUACAAAGAGCUGGACAGGUUUCUGCUGGAGCACCUAGCAGGGGAAAGGAGACAAGCCAAAGUUACUGACGUGGGCGGAAGACAACUCUUUAACAAUAAACAUUCACCGAGGCCUGAGAAGAGGGAGACCAAGUGCCCCAUCCCCGGGUGCGAUGGCACAGGCCAUGUGACAGGGCUCUACCCCCACCACCGCAGCCUUUCGGGGUGCCCCCACAAAGUGCGGGUUCCCCUCGAAAUUCUUGCCAUGCAUGAAAAUGUGCUCAAGUGCCCCACCCCAGGAUGCACAGGAAGAGGGCAUGUGAACAGCAACCGGAACACCCACAGGAGUCUUUCGGGUUGUCCAAUUGCUGCGGCUGAAAAAUUGGCAAUGUCUCAGGACAAAAGUCAGUUUGAUUCUUCCCAAACUGGGCAGUGUUCUGACCAGGUUCACAGGACAAGCUUGGUGAAGCAAAUAGAAUUCAAUUUCCGAUCACAAGCCAUCGCCUCCCCCAGAGCCACGGUGUCAAAAGAACAAGAGAAAUUUGGAAAAGUACCGUUUGAUUAUGCCAGCUUCGAUGCACAGGUUUUUGGUAAACGACCCCUAAUACAAACAGGUCAAGGACAAAAAAAUGCACCGUUUCCUGAAUCGAAGCAUUUUUCAAAUCCAGGGAAAUUUCCUAAUGGACUGCCUGGUGCAGGCGCCCACACACAGAGCCCUUGCCGUGCCAGCUCUUACAGCUACGGUCAGUGCAGCGAAGACACCCACAUAGCAGCAGCUGCUGCCAUCCUGAACCUUUCCACCCGCUGCAGGGAGGCUGCAGACAUCCUCUCCAACAAACCACAGAGCCUGCAUGCCAAGGGAGCCGAGAUAGAAGUGGAUGAAAAUGGCACAUUGGACUUGAGCAUGAAAAAAAAUCGACCCCCGGACAAAGCGGCACCCCUAACUUCCUCGAACACGACUAUUCCCACUCCUUCCUCUUCCCCAUUCAAAACAAGCAGCAUUUUGGUCAAUGCAGCGUUCUACCAGGCUCUGUGUGUCCAAGAGGGCUGGGAUGCUCCUAUCAACUAUAGCAAAGCUCAUGGGAAGACAGAGGAGGAGAAAGAGAAAGACCCAGUGAACUCUCUAGAAAAUUUAGAGGAAAAGAAGUUUCCCGGAGAGGCCUCCAUGCCAAGCCCUAAACCCAAGCUCCAUGCAAGAGAUCUCAAAAAAGAACUAAUCACCUGUCCAACGCCAGGAUGUGAUGGAAGUGGCCAUGUCACCGGAAACUAUGCAUCCCAUCGCAGUGUUUCUGGAUGUCCUUUAGCCGAUAAGACGCUUAAGUCCCUCAUGGCUGCUAACUCUCAGGAGCUUAAGUGUCCGACCCCAGGUUGUGAUGGUUCGGGGCAUGUGACUGGAAACUAUGCUUCCCACAGAAGUUUGUCCGGCUGCCCUCGUGCCAGGAAAGGUGGUGUCAAAAUGACUGCUACGAAGGAAGAGAAAGAAGACCCUGAACUCAAAUGUCCUGUGAUAGGGUGUGACGGCCAAGGUCACAUAUCAGGUAAAUACACAUCCCAUCGCACAGCUUCUGGCUGUCCCCUGGCUGCCAAGAGACAGAAGGAGAAUCCUCUCCAUGGGGCCCCCCUCUCCUGGAAACUGAACAAACAAGAACUUCCACACUGUCCCCUGCCAGGCUGCAAUGGGCUGGGCCAUGUAAAUAAUGUUUUUGUCACCCACAGAAGCUUAUCUGGGUGUCCUUUAAAUGCACAAGCUAUCAAAAAGGGCAAGGUCUCGGAAGAACUAAUGACUAUCAAGCUCAAAGCAACUGGAGGUAUAGAGAGUGAUGAAGAAAUUAGGCAUUUGGAUGAAGAAAUAAAGGAAUUGAACGAAUCCAACCUUAAAAUUGAAGCAGAUAUGAUGAAACUUCAGACGCAGAUCACAUCUAUGGAGAGCAAUUUAAAGACAAUAGAGGCGGAGAACAAACUUAUAGAACAGAAUAACGAAAGCCUGCUGAAGGAGCUGGCCGGUCUAAGCCAAGCUCUCAUUUCAAGCCUUGCCGACAUCCAGCUCCCACAGAUGGGGCCUAUCAGUGAGCAGAAUUUCGAAGCAUAUGUAAAUACACUCACAGACAUGUACAGCAACCUGGAACGGGACUAUUCCCCAGAAUGCAAAGCUCUGCUAGAAAGUAUCAAGCAGGCAGUGAAGGGCAUCCACGUGUAGGAGCGCCUCGCGGUGGGCACCAGACAUCACCAACAGCAGUCACACCAGUGAACCGGGCGCCUGCGCUGCCGAGGCAAGCAGGCUGCCGCACUGCAUUUACCAUUGCAACAUUGCACUAAUUUCCUCCCCAGCUGACAUAAAAAGGAAAGGAAUAAUAAAAAAAAAACUAUAAUAGACUCUAUGGAUUAAAAGCGAUGCUGUCAAAUAUUAGAUGGUAUUUAUUUUCAUAUGUUUUUCUUUUAUUUCCUCAUUGCACUCUUUUGAAUUUUUUUCUUUGUAAAGUAUAUGUAAAGUAAUGCGACAUUUUAAUAUUUUAUUCAUUUCUAAUCAAAGAGUUUUUUAUCUUUUACCUGCAUUUUGAAGUCUGCCAUAUUUUUUACAAGUGUGUUUCUUUUCCAAUAGAAUUUAAAUAGAAAUGCUAGUCUCAAAUCACAUAUCUUGCUGGGCUUAAAUGAGAAAACAAACCAACAAAAACAAACAAACAAACAAAAAAGUCUGAAGGAAAUCUUUGUCUAAGGACUGCACUUUGUUUGCUCCCCUUUGAUUUUUAUUGCACUCUUUCCCCCUCUUUCACGGGCUUUCGCAUUUAUAAGUGGGCUUGUCCUAAGGUGAGACGCAUGGAAGGAGGAAGAUAAAUGGCGCCCACUAGUGGGCAAUGCGCUCUCACAGAAGCACAGGUACUGAAAAAGCCUGUUCAGAAUUUGUUAGCAAUAAUUAAAUCUAGAAAUCAGCAAAUUACUCGACUUGGCUGUACGGUUUCGGUAAACAUGAAUUAUUUAUUUGAAAUGUUUUAAAGAAACGUAAGCUUUUUUUAGUGGUGCAGAUUUGUCUGUUUGUUUUUCAAGUCAUAUCAGAUAGUUGGCAACUCUUAUCCCAAGACGAGAAAUAAGACUUGAUGUGACCAGCCAGGCUUCCCUGCCAUAUGCUGGUACAAUAUACAAGUGACAAUAUUGAUGUAGAUUUGUACUCAGCAAAUACAAACACAUCCAAAUGGAAAAUUUUGUAGAUACCAUAUCCCCUGAAAUAGCAUUUAUCUUGCUUGGUUGACUGAAAGGAAUGGAAAACUAUAGUAACACAUGGAAAACUGUUACUCCGAUCUGAGUCAUUACUUUAGGCAACGAUAAAACUUUCAAUUUGAUCGAUAUCUUUCUGUAGAACUACAAGUGCUACAGAGUAAACACACUCAGCACACAGGCACACACCCACAUAUACACACUCACAUACACUCAGACACACAUAAAAUUGAGCCCGAAAUCUUGAAUUUCUGCAUAGAUCAGAGUUUAGUAGUUGCUAUAGUAAAGGCAAUGUCUAUUUCAGGGAUUGUAAAGUAGUUAAGCAUUGUUUCAAAAGUUUUUUUAUAUUUAUUUUUUUUAAGAAAAGGUAUAGACAACCAGCUAAACUGCCUUUUUGGUGUGCACACACACCUCGUGUGCAAUGUGCCUCCGUGCAAAUGGACACUUGAACUUAGUGUGGGCUUAGUUUUCUGUUCUAUAACAAAAGUGUUUAUUUUCUAUUAGCCUCAUGGAUAUGUAGAUUGAAUGUGAUGGCACUCACAGGCUUGAUAUAUUCCACUGUUAUUACUGUUACCUGCACAAAUGAAGAGUAAUAGCAACAGUAAUUCCACUUCCAUGCCACUGUGGUCAUUGUUAUGUAUUAAAUGGGGCUUAUCUUUGGUUUGGGGUUCAUUUGAACUCUUGAAUUUAGUUUAGUGAAAAUGAGAUGUCUGUUCUUAGGUAGGAAUGGUGUUUAUUUAAAAAUCAAUUUAUAAAGAAAAAGAGCUACCAUAUGUGCUGUCUAUUAUAAAUGAGACACCAAACAAAAUUUUCUAUUAAAGUUAUGUUCUUGCAAACAGUUUGCUCUAGAGUACUUGAUAGAUGCAUACAAAUGAGUUCACUUAUUACAAAGACAAACCUUAAUUUGCUAAAUAUUUUAACAACUUUGUUAUAUAUUUUAUUUAAUUUAAAAGAAAUUUCUUACCAGCCUAUGUAUUUAUUACUAUAAUUUACUAUGACUUCGGGUUAAUAAUAUAUUUGUGUUUGCAUAGUUUGAGCAGUAUGUUUUAUGAAGUAUAUUUGUAUUUAUUUGCCUCCUUUGUACUUGACGUGUUUUGUAAUUUGCACUGAAUUAUUUUCCUUUCAACUAUGUUGGUCGAUACUGUAAAUUGGGUCUUUUGUAAACAACAAAAGGACAAUAAUGUAUGCAUUUUUUUUAAUUUCAAGUAGUUUGUAUACUGUUUCUUCAAACAAUUAAUAUUUCUUACAUCAAAGCAACAAAAUUGUGUUCAGUGCUGUACAUUUGGUGUAUGGUAGGAAAUAAAAAUUGAUAAUGA